ACUUUCCUGUCACUGGAUACUAGUACUCCCAGCCCUCCUCAAAGCCGCCUGAGGAAUCCUCUGGUCUGUAGUUUACGAGUGGCAAUUUGACUUGCUCUGCUGCAUGUCAGGAGGGACCAAGGAAAGUGUGGAGACGCCCCGGAGAUUAAGUGAUAGCAGCUUGAAAAGAAAAAAAGCCAAACAAAUAAACAAAACCCACCCACCCUAACAAACAUGGGGCUGCUGGAGAGAAUGAGGAAAGAAUGGUUCAUGCUCGGAAUAGUGUUGGCGAUCGCUGGAGCUAAAUUGGAGCCAGCCGUAGGGGUGAAUGGGGGACCACUGAAGCCAGAAAUAACUGUAACCUACAUUGCUGUGGCAACAAUAUUCUUUAACAGUGGAUUGUCAUUAAAAACAGAGGAGCUGACCAGUGCUUUGAUGCAUAUAAAACUGCAUCUUUUUAUUCAGAUCUUUACACUUGCAUUCUUCCCAGCAACAAUAUGGCUUUUUCUCCAGUUUUUGUCAAUCACACCCAUCAAUGAAUGGCUUUUAAAAGGUUUACAGACAGUAGGUUGCAUGCCUCCCCCUGUGUCUUCUGCAGUGAUUUUAACCAAGGCAGUUGGUGGAAAUGAGGCAGCUGCAAUAUUUAAUUCAGCCUUUGGAAGUUUUUUGGGCAUCGUUAUAACACCCCUGCUACUGCUGCUUUUUCUUGGUUCAUCCUCUUCUGUGCCUUUUGCAUCUAUUUUUUCUCAGCUUUUUAUGACUGUUGUGGUUCCUCUAAUUAUUGGACAGAUUGUCCGAAGAUACAUCAAGGAUUGGCUUGAAAGAAAGAGACCUCCUUUUGGUGCUGUCAGCAGCAGUGUGCUCCUUAUGAUUAUCUACACAACAUUCUGUGAGACGUUCUCUAAUCCAAAUAUUGACCUGGAUAAAUUCAGUCUUAUUGUCAUAGUGUUCAUAAUAUUUUCUAUUCAGCUGAGUUUUAUGAUUUUAACCUUCAUCUUUUCAACAAGGAAUAAUUCGGGUUUCACUCCAGCAGACACAGUGGCUAUCAUUUUCUGUUCUACACACAAAUCCCUCACAUUGGGAAUUCCAAUGCUGAAGAUAGUGUUUGCAGGCCAUGAGUACCUGUCUUUAAUAUCUGUGCCCUUGCUCAUCUACCACCCUGCUCAGAUCCUCCUGGGGAGUGUGUUGGUGCCAACAAUAAAGUCUUGGAUGGUGUCAAGGCAGAAGGGAGUGAAGUUGACGAGGCCAACCGUAUAACAAAGGACGCGCUCCUUACUCAGUGAUGUAUAUAUGUACAGGAUUGUACAUACAAAACAAUUCCGAAGACUCGUACUUGUGAAUGUUGCUUUGAUGCAUAUUUUAUUUUUUUACACAAAAAUAUGAUAUACCUGUUUAAGUGCCUUAAAAUGUAAUUGACAAGAGCGCUAUUUCCAAAACCUACUUUGUUGGUUACUACCGGGUGGGGUACAGUAUUUUGGAGUUGUUUGUUUUUCCCCUAACACAAUGAAGAGUCAUAGUAAGUGACAAAGGGCAAACAUGAUUUCUCUGCGCUACCUUUGUGCAAUACAGCUCUUUAAUUGUUACUGUACUGUUUGAAAUGAGGUCAGACCAUCAGGAAAAUGCCCUUCUGAUGACCCGGAAAAUUUCCAAAGUCUUAUUCAUGAAUACUUUGAGUUACUGUGUGAUUCUUUUUUUCUAUGACUGUGACAUCUCUCUUUUUUAUCAACUCAGCAGGCUCAUAGAUGGAAUAGAUACUGAAAAGCAUAAGUUAUCUGCAUUUCUUGGCAUCAUUUUUUAGACAUUCCUUCAAAUAGUUUCCACAUGGAAAUUUCCCAGUUCCAUUACAAGAGAUUAUGGUGUUAUGUUCUUAAAUUUAUUAUAAGCUCCUUCAAAGAAAUGGCCUGCUGUUUGAGUUAUGAGUGAAGUAAGUGAAGUUUUGAGGUAAACUACAGAAUUUAGUUGGGGGGGAGGGGGUAUUUCAACAUGUUUUUCCUCUUUCUUCCAUAAGUUUCUUUCUUGCCUGUUUUCCAGUUCACACCUUGCAAACUCAUAGCAGUUAAAUUUGAGACACAGAAAUGUUACAGUCACUUUGAGAGCAACAAUGAAUAAAGAUAAAUUAUCUUCACAUUCCUCAACAGAGACCAAAUUUUUUUUCCUGUUACGAAGGUGUGACGAGCACUUGCCAAAUUGUCCCUCUUAGCCAUAGCAGCCUGUUACGUCCUUGAAUUAAGCACACUUCAGGCAUUUGAGACAAUUUAUUAAGGAGAAUUUCCUUGGCAUAUUUGACAACUGUUUGCAAAUUUUUUAAAAAGAAUUAAAUCAUAUUGCUCUUACGUGUAAAUGAAAACAUAAAGGUCAUGGAUGCAAACAAGUGUUACAUAUACAUAUUCUAUCUAGCCAGAUGGAAGAAACAUGGGCACAGAAAGUAUAAAAACAUUCAUUAAUCAGAAUAUAAAGUAAAAUUAAUUCUCAUUUGGGCAUCAGCCUUCAAAGGAGUAUCCACUAUUUGGUUCUCUUAUGGCUGGAAGAACUUUAAUUGGACUUGAACAGAGAACGUAAAGCAAUGUGUAGAAUUAAGGGAGCACUUUUUCUCUGUUGCCUGUGCACCAUUCUGUCCUCCUGUCUGCAUGUCCUUUCUUGGUUUGAUGACAUGAUGGUCUCAGUGAGGCCCUGCUGUAUCCUCAGCAGCUGUUUGUUGUUGUCGUGUCAACAACAAAAAAAUCAUUCCUUAGAAUUUUACCAGGUUUACCAGUAAUGUAAAUUUAUAUUAUUGUUACUACCAGGUCUUGUCUUUUGUUACUUCUGACUCAUUUCAAUGCCAUUGAACCCCAUGAAUUUCACAGGAGCUAUCCUUAGUGUAAAUUUUAGGACUACUGCAGGACUCUGAAGAAGUCUAUGCUAAAUAGGCUGGGGUACACACUGUUGUCAAGAAUUUUGUUUGUUGUCUAAGUGACAGUAAUUUUGCUUGAUACUUUUGAUGCUUGCAUAUGGAGCAUAGAAAGGUUUUCAUUCUUUCUUCCCUUAAGCUUCUUUAAAUUUCAGAGUAAAUGGAAAUGUCUACGUUUCUGUCCGAGCUAUCGUAAAAACCUUUCUAGCUAGCAUUUGCAUUCUGAUUUUUUUUUCCCCAACUGAUCUACCUCUAUUGUCUAACACCUAUAGUAGGUGCGAUUAUGGGAUAAAAUUCAACUGUAAAGGCUAUAAUACAUUUUAUCUUUUGCUUUAAAAAGUAUGUUUUGUUUUCAAAUAAUCUUCUUUACAUAGUGAAUUUCGGUGGCAUUAGUGGCAUUAGUGAUAUAUUUAUGCCUGUUUCCUUUUUUUUACACAAAUCUGUGGCAUAUUUUUCCAUAAAAAAAAUAAAAUUGAAAUUUAUUUUUAAUUCAUGUUUAUUGGAACUGAAUUAUUCAUAUCUAAAAUAUUUCAUUAUGUUUAUGUACUGUCAAGCUAUCUGGUUUAUGCAUUUUUGUCUAAAUGUAUUUAUGAAAGAAAUACAUUAGACUAUUUAUGUUGAUGCGACUAUUUUUCCAUUUGGAUUUGUAAAAAGUUUGUUUUAAUAAUGUUGAUCUUUCCAUAUGUUCUUUCUAAGUUUUAAAGUUUUGUGUACUUUUAAAAAAAUGUUCCUAUUCUGUUUAAAAUUAACACACCUUUUGGUAAUAUUUAAUGUUUGUUUAUGCUAAAUACCAAAUUUUUUCAAAAGGAUUGGUGAAGUAAGAAAGUGAAUUAUUUAUGAUGAAUUGAAGAUGAAAAUAAUUCUAUGAUUAAAUGAAGAGAAGUUUUGGAAGUCAUCAGAGAACCUGUGGCUUAUUUUUAACCUGAUUUCAGAUGUACUCAUAAUGCCUUCCAAGUAUCUGUCGAUUGCUCUUGACUCAUUCCAGUACAAUCAUAUCAUCUGUAGUUAAGUAGAUGUACACUUCAUAAUCUCCACAGGUUUCCAUAUCAAAUAAAUUCUACCCUCACCCUCCACCACACCAUAGUGUUAAAAUACAGGA